AUGGAGUUGACCAAGCAUAAAGGCGAUCCUCCUUGCCCAGGCUGCCAGUAUGCUCUUGCAACAACUUACACCGGUCCCCGGUCUGAUUUGGACAAGGAGAUUGCCAAACAGGCGAGAAUAGCAUCAGAGGAAGCUGCCACUCGGGCACGGAAGGUUGAGAAAGAGCAGUUUGAGCAGGCACAGCGUCAUUCUCGCGAUGCCCAGCCCAGCACAUCUGCACCUGCUCCUGUGCCAGAUGAGGCAGUGGCCACCAUCAUGGAGCAUCUGAGUCGAGAGGGGGUGUUUGGGCCGCUGCCCCCGCCUCAGCCUCUGCCGCCUGCUCAUGAUGGAGACAUCCCUAGCAGCAGCGGGCCAAGUGUGAAUGUCCAUGCAUCAAGCGGAACUUCGCCCCCACGGCAGUCAGGACAGCCCAACUAUGGCAGCUUUGAGACAAAGGGGGGAGAUGCAGCAAUGGGCCACGGCAGCCCACUCCCUCCCCCCGCCGCACCAAUCAUCAACAUGGUAGUGUGCAGAUACAACAGGCCCCUGCCGCCCCUCUUUGCCAUGCUGGCCACAUUCUCAGGCUCAGAUGUCCCAGUCAGUGAGCAGUCAGACACAGCAGUGCAUGCCAGCGGUUCAGUACAGAUCCCACAUGAGCAUGCCAGCAGCACAGUGGAGUCUUCAGGAGCAGAGAGCAUGUCAAUGAGCCAAGACAUUGGCGAGGCACCCAGCACACCAGAUCCCAGCACUGAGGGAAGGUCACAGGAUGCGGAUAUGGCAGUUGAGCAGAACCGCAUGGAUACCUCACAGCAGCAGAGCAGCAGUGAAGAGAUGGAGCACAAAGCAGAGUCUGCAGAUGACAUUCCCAAUGCGACGCCGCUCCACUUCGGCUUCAAUGAGCCAGUCCUGAUGCUGAAUCCCGAUGGCUCAAAGCUGUUCGUUCUGCUGAAGGAUGAGCUGGCUGCAAAAGAACUGGAAAUCCAGAAGCGCAAAGAAGAAACAGCUGCUGCCAUUGCUGCUGCCAAAGCUGCGACCUACUGGGCACCUUCUGAUGACCAUGAUGCAGCAGUCAUGGCUGCCAUUGAGCAAGAGGAUGCAGCUGUGCGCGAGAGGAUUGCAAGGCAGGAGCCUGUCACAGAUGCAACUGGCACCAGCACUUUCUCUCACCCUGCCGAGGCCUCCUCUUCCAGGCAGCGGACGCCUGCUGCAGAUGACAGCUUUCAGGCGCGGUGCCGUGCAGCAGACGAAGCCCUGACAGCCAUCAUCAACCGCAGAGAUGCCGAAGCUGCUGCUCAUGCAGCUGCUGGCCGGCCCUAAAAGUCCAGUGUGCAGCAUGUCCAAUGGCAGUAGAGCCUCAAUACACGGAACAGAAGAGUCUCAUGAACGUCUGAAUUUGCUGAUGAAGUGAAUGCAAAAUGCAUGCCGGAAACCAGUGUACUGCACAUGUGCCAUCGAGCAUGGAACUCACAGAUCAUGCGCACUUGAGACCAGACCAGAGAAGGGGCUCAAGAUGUAUGAGGCCCCAUGGCCAAGAGCAAUCAUCCAGCCCAGAUGGGAUAUUGUAGAGAUCUUUAAUUUUAUCUUCUGAAGUACACCUUGAGCAUUGCCUGUCACAGCUUGAGCAGAAUGACUGUCAUGUACAGCAUUGUUCUAGUGUGAAGGUAUUGCUGUGUUCUUUUUCUGAUAUUCAGAGAGGAGGAAAGGCUUAUUUAAGGGUGCGCGCUCUGACAGACCUUCUGGAGGUGUUUUUGGAGUUUUUGUUUAGUGUGAGGAUUUUUUUAUUCCUGUGAGUGUGGUUCUGUGCUGCGCUCUGCAGCUGCCUAGUACAGGGUAAGGAUGCCUGGUCUUUGGUAUGGCUGUCAAUCAUUGGCAAUGUAGGAGUGUUCAUGUAAAUUUGUAUUUUUGUGU